AUGGCCAAGCCCGCAAGUUGUCAACACACGUUCGAGGUGAUCAAGUCCGAUACAACACUCAUCUCCUGGAACUGCAAUUUGUGUCACUUGGGACCCUUUCCGUUCAUCUACGAGUGCAAAACUUGCAAACUCAAGACGUGCCGCGGAUGUACGGCCAAAGCAUAG